GGCACUAUCUGAGUUCAUAUUUACGUAAGCUGAUUGUCGGAACUUCCUUUUCCCUUGGCCCUUCUAAAAGGAUCUCCAAGAUGCCUUCCGUGAGCGUUAAGGACGUGGACCAACAAAAGUUCACCAAAGGCUUGGCUGCCUUCCUGAAAAAGUCUGGCAAGAUGAAGGUGCCCGAAUGGGUGGAUUUGGUCAAGACCAACGUGUCCAAGGAGUUGGCUCCCUAUGACGAGGACUGGUACUUCAUUCGCUGUGCCUCUGUGGCCCGACACAUUUACGUGCGAUCUCCCGUGGGCGUCAACACACUCACCAAGAUCUAUGGAGUGCGCAAGAACAACGGUAGCAAGCCCAGCCAUUGGCGGAGUGGUUCCGGGUCUGUGGCUCGCAAGGCCCUCCAAUCUUUGGAGGGUAUGAAGUGGUUGGAGAAGGACCCCAGUGGUGGACGGCGCUUGACCUCGCAAGGUCGUCGAGAUUUGGACCGCAUCGCUGCCCAGGUCAAGAGCAACAAAGUUUAAAUCAUCUGAAUCCACCCCACUCGGAUCCGAUCCGAUGCAUGAUGAGCCGAGUCCGUUGCGAAUAAACUUGGUCAUUAUGUCAA